AUGCCAAAGAUUGUCUUAAAGAAGAAACUAACAAAAGAAACCAAGAAACCACCAACACCACCACAUGAACCAACACCACAUCAAUCACCAAUCCAAUCGCCUCCACGACAACCUACACCUCCACAACAACCUCCACCACCAAAACAACCAACACCACCCAGACAUCUUUCACCACUACAUCUUUCAUCACCACCACAACAAACCCUUCUUACACCGCAAGAAAUCUUUCAAACACCACCACUCACCCAAGGUCAACGAACACCUGGUUCUGCGGGGUACCGAGGUUUUCCAGCUGUUCCUUCGAAUUUGAGUGUAAGCCUUGAUGAUGUAGGAGAUUUUGACUUUGCAAACACCUCACAGGUCAAGAAUGUUGAAAAGAAAGUUGAUGAGAUGAUUGCUGAAAACAAGAAGUUAGCUGCUGAGAACAAGAAAGUUUCGGAUCGUGAGAAAAUUCUUGAAAUACGUGUGAAGAGGUUGGAGGGUGAUAACAGAGAGUUGUUGAAGAAGAUUGACAGUGAUCAAUCAGAGAUAGAUAUCUUGAAAGUACGAGUCACUGAACUUGAAGAAGAAAAGACUCGAAGAGAUGAACAGAAUGAGUACUUCAAGUUGAAAAACAAAGAGCUAGAAGCGGCUAAAGCAUUCAAAGAUCAUGAAUUCUAUAUGUUGAAUAAAGUCGUUGAAAGUAUGCUCGGAACGUCUGUAGAGCAAAAGUUUGAAGAGUUGCAAGUUGAGGAACUUAGAGCAGAACGUCAAGCUAAAAUUGAUGAACAAAUGAAAGACAAAGGCAAAGGUGCUGAAGGUAGUUCUGCAGUGAUGCAAAGAUCGAUUGUUCCUUCCAUGGUUGUUGAGAAUCCUGAACCGAUUUCUGCUAUAUCUGGUCUUUUUGAGGAAGAUACACCUCUUGAUGAGUUAAUUGGUGAUAGUGAUGAAGAGGAUGAUGAUGAGGAGGAUGACGAGGAAGAUGAUGAAGACGAGAAAGUGUUUUCUACGAGCAGUCAUGGUUCUGACAAUGAUGAUGAUGAUGCUCAGGGUGGUACGGGUGUGAAAGUAUCUGAAGCUUCCACUGAGAAAACUGUUGAUGAUUUGAUGAACGAUUCAGUGAAUGAAGAAUCAGGGGGAGCUGAGGGAAAGGGGGAGUCGAGUGAAGCUCAAAAUGUUCAACAAGCCAAAAAGUUAAUCCUGAGAUUGGAUACUUACAGAGAAGAAGGCGAACAUUUUCAUACGUAUACGCUGGAAACGAUUAGAGAAAUGAUGCGUAUGGUGAAUCCUGACUUUAAGUUCGACUUUGAAGAAGAAUUGAAUGCCUUCGAUAUCAAUCAGCAGCCUGAUUACGAGUAUAAGUAUGUUGAAGAUGCUGAUAUGUAUGACAGAGUCGAAGUUGAAGAUUGGACGGAUGAUGAAAGUGUUAAUGAAUAUACUUCACAGUUGCCUACGCUGAUGGAGUUCUUUACAGAAGAGAACCGAGAUGAGUUGAGAAGAAAAGUUUCUGAGAUUUUGAAAGAUAAGAACUUUGAUGAAACUCCCAAAGAUAUGGCAAAGGAAGAAAGGAAGAAAUGGUUCAAAGACCAUCACGAGAGGAAGUUCAAACGGCCUUUGAAGUACUAUCAACGUGAUAGAAGCAUAUCUCUUGGUGACAUCAUUAGCUGGGGUUUCUUAACUCAGAUUAACGCAUAUGCAAUAAGAAGAGAAUGUGGCGUGCAAUAUUUUGAGAAGUUAAAUGAUAUUAUGUCACUUCCAUGGUGGGAUGUGGAUGAGUUAUCUAAAGUUAGAACCUUGGGCUAUCCUGUCAGGAAGAAUGAUGUUGCUAUGUGGGGUUUGAUAAAGUUCGAGGCUUUAAAAGACUUCAAACACUAG